GACAAGCGGCACCAUAGUUUUCUGCUCAGCCUAAUCGAUAUCUUGUCAUCAAUUGCAAGUGUUCCUUGGACUCUUUUAUGUGGUUGGAUUUUGAAUGAGCACGCACAGUAAAAGCCUUGGAUGAGAGUUGAUUAACUGAAGGACAGAAUCUUGGAAUGUUUGAAAGUUUUACUGUAAGUAAGUUGAUUUUUCUUCGAAUGCAAAGGAAGACACGGGAUAACGCAAUGGCUCACGUGGACGCUGAGUUUGCUGUGCAGGACAGCAGCAUUGCUCGAGAGUGGAGUGGACAGCUCCAGCCCGCUCUGGUAGCAACUUUUCUUUUUCUUAUCUGCCUGGAGGCCGGCCUGUGGCUGAGGAACGUGACGCUCAAGAGAAAACUGCCGGGGCCUUUCGCCUGGCCCGUGGUAGGCAAUGCCAUGCAGCUUGGCCAGAUGCCUCACAUCGCCUUCGCCAAACUAGCUGAAAAAUAUGGUAACGUGUACCAGAUAAGGUUAGGUUGCAGUGACAUUGUGGUCCUGAAUGGUGACAAAGCAAUACGUCAAGCUCUCAUACAGCACAGCAAGGAAUUUGCCGGUAGACCAAACUUUGUGUCUUUUCAGUAUGUGUCAGGAGGGAAAAGUCUGACUUUUACCACUUACAGCAACGAGUGGAGGAUGCACAGGAAAAUUGCUCAAUCCACGAUCAGAGCGUUCUCAUCUGCCAACAGCCAAACCAAAAAAGCUUUUGAGUGGCAGAUUGUUGCAGAAGCUCAAGAACUGGUUGAGACUUUCCUUAAACUCAGUGCUCAGGGUCAGUAUUUCAACCCUGCCCAUGAGCUGACAGUGGCUGCAGCUAAUGUGAUUUGUGCCUUAUGCUUCGGAAAACGUUACGGACACGAUGACGCUGAGUUCAGAUCCUUGCUACAGAGGGUUAACGACUUUGGACAGACUGUUGGAGCUGGCAGCCUGGUGGAUGUGAUGCCGUGGCUUCAGGCCUUUCCAAAUCCAGUUCGCAGUGUCUUCAAGAACUUCAAACAUCUUAACAUGGAGUUUUUCAAGUUUGUUCAGGGCAAAGUAGAAGAGCACAGAAAGACCUUUGAUCCUGAGGUAACACGGGAUAUGAGUGAUGCUAUUAUCGGAGUUAAUGAAGAAAUUGAGAGUGGCAAAGGACUUGGCGAGGGGUUCACUGAAGGGACCGUGUCAGAUCUCAUUGGUGCGGGUCUGGACACUGUUUCUACUGCUCUGGAUUGGAUACUACUUCUCCUGGUAAAACAUCCUGAAAUCCAAACGACGCUUCAGCAGCUCGUGGACAAGGUUGUGGGGCCAAACAGACUUCCCUCUGUGGAGGACAGAGGUCACCUGGCCUAUUUGGAUGCAUUCAUCUACGAAACAAUGCGAUUCAGCAGUUUCGUGCCCGUCACCAUCCCUCACUCCACAACCUCAGAUGUUACUAUUGACGGUCUUCACAUUCCAAAAGACACGGUGGUCUUCAUCAAUCAGUGGUCUAUCAAUCACGACCCCAUGAAGUGGCAGGACCCGCAGAACUUUGACCCCUCACGGUUCCUUGACAAAAACGGCUCCCUUGACAAAGAUCUAACCAAUCAUGUUAUGAUUUUCUCUGCGGGAAAGAGACGCUGUAUUGGUGACCAGAUUGCCAAAGUGGAGAUUUUUUUGUUCUUUGCGAUCCUUCUGCACCAAUGUCAUUUUGAAAAAUGCCCCGAUGAAGACUUGUCUCUAAAUUGUGCCUAUGGUUUAACACUGAGGCCUUUGGAUUUCAAAAUCACCGCCAAACCCAGGCGAGGAGCAUUUUAAACACAACAUAUUUUUUAAAACAUAUAUAUAUAUAUUUGCAUAAGCUCACAACUAAGAUAAGCUAAUAUUUGAUCACUCAUUUCACUGAGACUUCAUAUGCAACACACCGUAAAUAGUUUUACAACAUGCUAUUAAUGUCUUUUUACAUUUUAAAUUCUAUGCAAGAUUUAUAGUUUAUAUUUAGAAUAGUUUAUGGUGCUACUAUUGUGGUGCAGUUGAACUAAUUUCCCUAUCUAUGAAUGACCAUAUGAAGUAACCCUGUAUAUGUUUGCUGGCAUUGAUGCUUUGUCUAUCCUGUGUAUUUUGUAUUUAUAUUGUUUAUAUACCUAAACAGCACUUUAU